AUGUCCGAGAGAGUAAACCGUCUCCGCGUUGUGGAAGCGCAUUCAGCAAUUCCACAUUGUCCACGUUCGGGCCACCCCUGCCAGCGGGAAGUCAACAUUGUCCCGGCUCUUACAGGAAAUGAGCAGCUCGACUGGAUGCGGCUACAAGCCCUACUCAUAAUUGAUGAGGCCCAAGGUUCUUAUGCUUGUGGGAGUCUCUGGGAUGACUUCAUCAAAUACAUAACUCCCGAACAUGCACCUAUGGUUAUUCUCUUCUCCUCCUGGGGCUCCGCCACAAGUAGGUCCGAAGCACUGUCAGGAACUCCGAUUUAUCUUAGCGACGGACAACGUAUUUCAAUUCGACCUUCCGAAGAAUCGGCUCCGUCAGUUUUCUUUACUCAUGCUGAGCUUCUUGAUGUAAUUGAGCGUGUCAAAGAGUGUGAGGCGCAGUAUGGACAAAAGUUCUUACCAGAUCCAGACGUGGUAGAGUAUGUAUGGAAAAUUACGAACGGACAUCCCGCGGCAGUGCGAGCGACGUUGAAGAUCCUGGCUACGUCUGAGGACAUACGCCAGUUCAGGAAGAAUAGCUCGGUAAUACCGCUCGAUAUUGCUCUCAGGGUCCUAGGCGAAGACACCAACUUGGUUUCAAAACUGGUUGUGGAACCAGCGCUCCGCCGCGGCUUGCCGCCGAGGCAGUUUUUGCAGCGCAAACCCGGGGUUGUAGAAGUGCUCCGAAAUGUUCUAUUGUCCAGCUGUGUAGAGGGAGUUUGGGAGCCCGAUGAACAGGGAAAUUUGCACCAGGUUGAUGAAUGUGUCAACAUCUGCUAUCGCCAGGGAUGGCUCCAGGCCGAGCUGGCACCCAAGGAAGACAUAGAUGGUCUGGAGAAGACAGUCUACGUAUUCCCUUCAGUCCUACAUCAGCGGGACACGCCACCUUUCCCGGAAAAAGAAUACCCCUCUGUUGAGAAGCUAUGCAUGGAAGCAAUUAAAAGGUUCAGCCCAACCGCCUUGAACUCCGCUGUGGGGAGGUUGGGCUCUGGUGCGGAAUGUCGUCCCCUUGAGGCAGUGUAUCAGGAUGAGAUGUAUAGAUCCUGUUAUUCUUUACUUGGAAACAUCUACCUGUCGUCAGAGUGGAGCGGAAAGAGGAAAAACGGUAGGGUCGAUUUCCUUGUUCAAAAAAUGACCUGGGCGAUUGAAUGUGUUCGAGAUGGAUCGAAGCUGGAUGAGCAUGUCAAGCGGUUUUUGAAAGGCGGUAGAUACUAUCCCUGGAUAACAUCAGGGCAGAUCACGGACUUUAUUCUCCCCGACUUUCGCAAAAGUAUUCCACAAAAGUCACAAGAUGAUGACAUUCCAUGGUUUUAUCAUAUUAUCUUCAGCCCUGACUACAGCAACUACCAAGUCUAUGAUUCAAAACUUAAAAGGAGGGAUGGACCUGUUGGUUUGUCCAAAUAUGGCCAUGAACGAAAGCACUUAAAAAUAGAUCUUAUGGAAACUACGCUGGUGAAGAUGCAGGUUUAG